AUGAGCGGGCAGCAGUUAUGGAGUAGUGAAAAUCAAUAUCAGACAGUUAUGGAAGUUCGUGUUCGUAGCAACACAAAAUCUACAACCGUGCCAGGACAUGGCGGCCCUUGUCCCUCUAGUGGACACAGGCAAUGCAAAGAUGGCAGCUGCAUUGCCAAAGUUGAUUUAUGUGCCGAGGAGCAGACGAUGAACCAGAACACAAUCUUCAUCAUGAUCGUUGUUGGCAUGGUGGUGGUUAUUGUGUUGAUCAUCUUGUACUGCUUCCAGCAAAGGUCCCAGCGCCGUGCUUUACGCAGACAUGCAAUCCAGGGUAACCUUGAUUCUGUUGUGGGCGACGGUGACAACACAUCUUUGAACAUGCCACCGCCAUCUUACGAGGAGGUUGUGAACACAAACCUGUACCCAGCAACUCCCGUACUACAACGUGGGAUGUCAGCUGUUGAUGAGCCGAGGACUCCACCUCCAAAUUAUGAUACAGCCUUAGACAUUUUAGCCUCCAGUCAUGAUUCUAUAUUGCCGUUGAAACAAGCAUCCAAAAGUCUGGUUGUGCGGAGAUCUGUAUCGACUGAGUUCGGACUUAAUGGCAGUAACCGGGUAUCCGGUUCUGAGUUUCGUCGGUUUUUCUCAAACCAGGAGCAGAGAUAA